AUGCUCUCAGCACAGGGCGCAGUGCUGCUCCUGCUGGGCAUCUGGCACACGGGGAAUCCCUGUGCUGGGCUGACGCAGACGUCGGUGCUGCCGCCUGUGCCGGGUCAGCGCCACCAGGCUGAGGCUUUUCCCUUCUGCUGGAACGAGCCCAUGGAUUUCUUUCCACAGAAACCCGUCAGGGAAGCUGAGGACGGAGUUGCCCUUCGCCCAGCCCUCAGCAGCGCUCGGUGCUCGCUGCCCCCUCCGCCCCCGAUCGCUCAGCUCAGCUCUCCCAUCUCCGGCAGCUCUGCUGGGCGAUCGCUCUGCCCCAGAUUCGCUGGCUUCCCCGGUGCUGCAUCUACGUCAUCUCCCGUCUCCUCCCUGGCAGCGCGCGGCUCAGCGCCGCCCACCCCGAGUCCUCUGAACUUCCCCUCUCCGCAAGCUGCUGUCUGUCGCUGCGGCUCCCGGCUGCCACCCCCUCGUGCGACCUACGCCUGUCCUGAGGGAGCGGCGCUGAUUCAUUCAUACAGAAGGGAAAGCUCCGCUCUGCGGGCUGCGAAGGAGCGCUGGCAGUGCGCGGCAGCUCUCUUUGGGGCUUUGCAUGCGAGGAAACGUGCCGGGGCUGCGGCCGGGGGCAGGAAGUGCAAGCGGGAGGAGCAGCGCACAAAUAAAUGUCUGCUGAGCGGCGCUGGGCUCUCGGCCGUGGGGAGGAGAAGCGAUGCUGUUUGCCCCCGUGAUGCCAAGGGCGACUGCAGCCGGAAAUCGCUCCGGGAGCUGCAGAAAAAGCAGAGCACGUUUUGUGUCCGACAGCCCGGCAGGUUAAAAGGGGGUGAGGUUGAAUUGGUUGAUGAAGACGAGCCGAGGGUUGGUGAAUCUUGGUGAGAUCAGACACUUUCAGCCAUGUUCUGCCAAAGCAAUUAAUAAAAGAAGUUGAUGAACGUCAGCUGCGUCUCCUAACGCUGUUGGAGCUCCUCUGAAACGUCGGCUUCCCCCUUUCCCUUUGCAGUGGUGUCACCUUGCUGUGCCCCAGCCGUGGCUGCACAGAUGUGGCUCUCAGGAGCAGAAUCCCCUUUGCAGCCCUCCCUCCACUGCUUUGCCCUCGUUGGAGCUCCAAGAGAGCUGCUGUGGCUGAGCCCAGAGGGCUGACUUUGGUUGAGGCUUGCAGCUGGCUCCGUGUUAUGAAUGGGAGCCUCACAUCCUGCAGGAGCUGGGAGCAGAGCAAGGCCCCCUGCCCUGCCUGGUCCU